AACAAAGUUCGGACUCUGUUUUUACAAAGCAGGAGGACGAAAACAAGGUGUGAAGGAGUUUCCAGGAUCCAGCAGUAUGUCCGUGAAGAAUAAUUAUUCUGGAGAUUAUCCUCCACUCUUCAGUCAAGAACCUGUCCCCUCAAGCACAAAACGUCAGCAAUUCAGAGCAGACUUUCCAGGAUCCAGCACGAUGUCCAUGAAGAGUGACAGCUCUAGAAAUUAUCCUCCACUCUUCAGUCACGAACCUGCACCCCCAGGCACAAAACGUCAGCAACACAGAGCAGACUUUCCAGGAUCCAGCUCCAUGUCCAUGAAGAGUGACAGCUCUAGAAAUUAUCCUCCACUCUUCAGUCAUGAACCUGUACCCUCAGGCACAACACGUCAGCAACGGAAUGGAGAGUUUCCAGGAUCCAGCUCCAUGUCCAUGAAGAGUGACAGCUCUAGAAAUUAUCCUCCACUCUUCAGUCAUGAACCUGGAACCUCAGGCACAACAGAGAGAAAGAGGGCAGAGUUGCUGCCCUACUGUGCUUCGUGUCAUGAAGUCCUGAAGGAUUCAUCAAGAAACUCCUCAUGUCCCCAGUGUGGAGAAAGAUCCAGAAUCAGAGAUCUGCAUCUGCAGAAAGUUUCUGAUGCACUAAAGGUCACUCUGAGGAGAAGAUGUGAACGUGUAACUGAAGGACCUGAAAAAUCAGGAAAUGGAACCCUCCUCCACAGGAUCUACACUGAGCUCUAUAUCAUAGAGGGACAGAAUAAAGAAUUUUGCUUCCAACAUGAGGUGAGGCAGGUGGAGAGCACCUGUAAGAAGAUCCCCUGUGAAACACCAAUCAGCUGCCAGGACAUCUUUAAAACCUUACCUGACCAACAGAGAUCCAUCAGAGUGGUUCUGACAUAUGGUGUUGCUGGCAUUGGAAAAACCUUCUUGGUGCAGAAGUUCACUCUGGACUGGGCAGAGGGCUUGGAGAACCAACACAUCAGUGCCGUGGUUCUGCUUUCAUUCAGGGAGCUGAACUUGGUCAGAGAUGAGCAGUACAGUCUCCUGGAGCUGAUCCAUGUUUUCUAUCCAACAUUACAGAGCGUCACAGCAGAGCAGCUCACUGUGUGUCAUCUUUUGUUCAUCUUUGACGGCCUGGAUGAAAGCAGAUUUUUGUUAGAUUUCACCAACAGGAAGCUUGUGUCUGAUGUCACACAGAAGUCAACCAUCACUGAGCUCCUGACAAAUCUCAUCGAGGGAAAUUUGCUUCCCUCUGCUCUCAUCUGGAUAACUUCCCGACCCGCAGCAGCCAAUCAGAUCCCUCCUAAAUGUGUUGACAGGAUGACAGAAGUACGAGGCUUCACUAACGCUCAGAAGGAGGAGUACUUCAGGAGGAGAUUCAGAAAUAAAGAGCUGUCAAGCAGAAUCAUCUCCCACUUGAAGACAUCCAGGAGCCUUUACAUUAUGUGUGGAAUCCCAGUUUACUGCUGGAUCACUGCUACAGUUCUGGAGCACAUGUUGACUACAGAGGAGAGAGCAGAGCUGCCCAAGACCCUGACUGACAUGUACUCACACUUCCUGCUGGUUCAGUUAAAGAAGAAAAAGCACAAGUACAACAAGUGGAAAGAAACAACUCAACAAGAGCUCACAGGUGCUGACAGGGAAGUUCUUCUGAAGCUGGGGAGGCUAGCAUUUGAACAUCUGCAGAAAAAGAACAUCCUGUUCUACCAAGAAGACUUGGAGCAGUGUGGUCUGGAUGUCACAGAGGCCUCAGUGUACUCAGGAGUUUGUACAGAGAUCUUCAAAAGAGAGUCAGUGAUCUUCCAGAAACCAGUUUACUGCUUUGUUCAUCUGAGUGUUCAGGAGUUUCUGGCUGCAGUCUACAUGUUCCACUGUUACACCAACAGGAAGACAGAGGUGCUGCAGGACUUCCUGAAUGAGGACAUCUCAUCUCUGGAAGAUUUUCUGAUAAGAGCCAUGGAGAAAUUCUUCUUAAUAGAGAAUGGCCACCUGGAACUGUUUGUUCGCUUCCUUCACGGCCUCUCCUUGAAGUCCAACCAGAGACUCUUAGGAGGUUUGCUGGGUCAGAAAGAGUGCAAUACACUAACCAUCCAGAGAGUGAUCAACAACCUAAAGGAGAUUAAAACUUAUGACAAGUGUCCUAACAGAACUAUCAACAUUUUCCACUGUCUGAUGGAGAUGAAUGAUCUCUCAGUACAUCAGGAGAUCCAAGACUUCCUAAAGUCACAGAACAAAUCAAAGAAGGAACUAUCUGGAAUUCAGUGCUCGGGUCUGGCAUAUAUGUUUCUCAUGUCAGAUGUUUUGGAUGAGUUGGACCUGGUGAACUACAACACAUCACAGGAGGGACGACAAAGGCUGAUUGCAGCUGUGAAGAACUGCAGAAAGGCUCGACUUCAUGAUGUUUGGCUCUCAGAGAACCACUGUAAAACUCUGACCUCAGCUCUGAUGUCCAACCCCUCCCAUCUGAGAGAGCUGCACCUGAGUUCAAUCAACCUGGAGGAUUCAGCAGAUACACUGUUUGCUAGUCUGGGGCAACCAAACUGCAGACUGGAGACACUCAGAUUUGAGAAUUGCAGUUUGUCAGAGAUCAGCUGUGCUGCUCUGGUCCGGGCUCUGAAGUCCAACCCCCCCUAUCUGAAACAUGUGGAUCUAAUAGGAGACAACCUGCAGGAUUCAGGAAUGAAACAACUCUGUGAUUACCUGGAGAGUCCAAACUGUAGACUGGAGACUUUAAGGUUAACCUCUACUUUGCUUUAGAUGCUGUACUGGGAUCGGGACACGCAGUGACAUCUGCAGAGUGAUUCUUUAAGUCAAAGACUGACUCUGCCCAGACUUCCUGAAUCUGUUCCAGAAGGUACAAAGACGGUGUGGCCUUAACUUCAGUGUCAAGCUUUGACUUAUUGAUACGCGUUUGGGAAACUACUGAAAUUCUCUUCAGUGGAUGGAUUACAAGACAGAGGGGAAAUACUUUGACCCCAGAGUGUGCCAGUGUCAUUUUCACUUCAGCUACUGCUGUUUGCCUUUACUUUCUGGAUGACUCUAAUAACUCCAGUGGGUGUGUCAGUACUUGCAUACGCACAUUCCUAGAAAUAAGGACUGUGCCUUGAAGAGUCACUAAACUUUGGAUUAAGUGCUGGAAUAUAUUAUUUGCACUACUGAUCACUUAUUUUUUUGCCUCUCUCCUGAGUUGAAUGUUACUUUUGAAGUACUAUGGCUGCUCUCUAGCUGGUCUUGGAGCUAAAAGCCAGGCAUUGCUUGGCCAGUCCUACUUUAUUUUUUUUGCUAUGGAACUUUGUAGUAAUUUUAAUGUUGCAUGUUUAUGGUGUUCUCUAGCGCUCCAGCAGUGUGUUUUUCAGUGCUGUGUCAUAUUACAGUUCAAUCAAGUUUGUGUCAUGUUGAAGUGGCAAUCCAGUUUUGUAAUCGUGCAACAUAGAGAAAAUACAGAUACUUGGUUAAAGAAGUAUUGUGCAGUAAAAAAUAAAGUAUUCACACCACUUAA